AUGAAAGAUCAUAUUCCGGGAGUUUUGAAUGGAAGACGGAUUAAUUGGUGUCCUGAUGGAGAUGGCUAUCUACCGUUUUGCCCUCAACCGACCGAUCCCGACGAGUACAGUUAUUGCUGUAUGUAUUAUUAUCUGGAAGUUGAUAUGCCUUCAUGUUGUCCGUAUCCGAUUAGAACUGGACUCAUCCCCGCAUUCAUCGUCUCCGGCUUUAUACUUUUGUUUUUCAUUCUCUUCUUCGUUUGGUGGUGUAAGAUUCGGAAAUCGAAAGCAUUUGGAAUCGAC